UUCCUCUACCCGGUGCGCCGCGCAAUCCCGCCUCACCUCGUCGUCGCUCUCGCUCGCACGACUGACGGCUCUCUCUUGAACUGCGUCGUCUCCCCUUUGUCAAGCGCCACGAAUAGAUUGCGAUCAGCCGCCCCACGCCAAGCACCUCCAGGUCCAGAGCGCACCACAGCUUCUGCCGCUGCUGAGUCCGAACUGGCGAUCGCCUUUCUCUGUGACGCUCAUCAGGCAUCUGGAUGCCUCUUGUUUGUACAGCUGCAGCAGCUGUUUGCCCGCGAUUUACGCUCGCAGCGUCCAGCUUCAGCGGCUGAGUUCGCUGCGCGACCCCCGGGCCGUCGUCCGAUCUCAUCUCAUUUCCCUCCUCACUCCUUUCCGGCGACUAGCUGCGACCUCUCUGACAACUUCCCCCCAUCAAGCCUCUCGUGCGCCGGCUAUCCAGGGUAGCCGCACGCACUUCUCCUUUUCUUGCUUCUUUUUUUACUUCUCUACUCCUCCAGUCGUGAACACUACAGCUCGCCCACCAUGUCCAAGGUUAUGCGCAGCGUGAAAAACGUGACCAAAGGGUACUCUCACGCCCAGGUCAAGGUCCGAGAGGCCACCAGCAAUGAUCCAUGGGGCCCGACGGGCACGCAGAUGAGCGAGAUCGCUCAGAUGACGUUCAGCACGUCCACCGAGUUCUACGAUAUUAUGGAUAUGCUCGACAAGAGACUCAACGAUAAAGGAAAGAAUUGGCGCCACGUCCUUAAGGCGCUCAAAGUCCUCGACUACUGCCUGCACGAGGGCUCAGAGCUCGUCGUCACAUGGGCGCGCCAGAGCAUCUACAUUAUCAAGACGUUGCGAGAAUUUCAGUACAUUGACGAAGAAGGUCGCGAUGUCGGGCAAAAUGUCCGUGUCGCGGCAAAGGAAUUGACCGCCCUCAUCCUCAAUGACGAACGAUUGCGAGCAGAGCGAAGCGACCGGAAGUCGUGGAAAUCGCGUGUCAUGGGUCUCGACUCUGACUUCGGCCCGCAGUACGCCGAGCAAUCCCAGCGACGACAGCCUCGGUCCGAACGGAGAGCCCCGGCGGCGGACGAAGACGACACUGAAUAUCGCCUCGCCAUCGAAGCCAGCAAAUACCAGGAGGAGGAGGACAGAAAGAGGAGGCAGAACCGCUCCAACGGCGACAACGACGACGAUCUCGCAAAGGCCAUCAAGCUGAGCCAGGAGGAGGAGGAGAGAAGGCGCCGUGAGCUGGAAGACGCAAAUGCCGCCUCUCUGUUCGACGACGAUACUCCCGCGACAUCUCAGCCACAGCACACUGGCUUCAACCAGGGAUACCAGCAAGGCAACGCCGUGGAUUUCUGGGCCAACCCUAUUGAUCAGCAGGCCGCGCAGAUUCCCCAACCGACUGGCUAUUUGGGAAAUGCCUAUACCGGAUACCAGCAGCCGCAACCGACUGGCUGGCAGCCAAAUUACAACACCGGUUUUGGCGUUGACGCCUUUGCCCCGAUGCCGACGGGUAAUCUGCUUGCGCAGCAGCAGCAACAGUUUCUGCAGCCGCAGCAGUUUGGUCAACAACAGCACCUCCAGCCUUCACCGGCUCUGGACUUGGCCGUCCAGCCUGGAAGCAACAAUCCUUGGGCGACCAAUCACCUGCAGCAGCAGUCUCUUCAACCCACGCCGACCGGUUCCAACAACCCGUUUGCUCAGAACAGGCCUCAAUCAGCAAGACCUGCGACAUCUUCUCUUACUUCUCUCAGCCCUCUGCCAGAGCAAAAGACUCUUUCCAACUUCAACCAGCCCCAGCCCCAGUUUGGUUUGCAGCAGCAGCAACAGCAGCAGCAGCAGAGGCUCAAUUAUACCGCCCCUCAGCGGGAGCUUAGUGAGCACGAGAGGAAGCUGAACGCUUUGCUGGCUUCUGGAGACGGCAUGGACACAUACGGAAACACGGGAGACUUGCGAAUCCCUUCACAGCACACGGCUCCGGGAACGUUCGUCAACAGCGCCGGCGCGGGCCUUGGCCGCCUCAACCCAGAAGCCACCGGCAACAACCCCUUUUUGCGACAGCAAUUCACGGGCAUGCCGAGCAUCACCUAUGGUAGCCAG